AUGCGACCUUCUCGUCGGGGCGACUUCGACAUCGCAAUCAUCUGCGCUCUACCGCUUGAGUACGAUGCAGUUUCCUACACCUUUGACGAGUUCUGGGACGAUGAUGGUGAUCAGUAUAGACGAGCUGCGGGCGAUAUCAACCAUUAUACAACUGGCCGUAUGGGCAACUACAGCGUCGUCCUAGCCCUUUUGCCACAGAUGGGCAAUGCCGGCGCAGCCAGCGCGGCAGCAAGUAUGCGGUCGAGCUAUACCGGCGUGCGGCUCGCCCUCCUUACAGGCGUGUGUGGGAGUGUGCCGCGUGUUGACCAACAUGAAGAAAUCUUCCUGGGCGAUGUUAUCAUUAGUAAGACCGUUUCCCAGUUUGUACACAAGAACACUGUCGAGGAUAAUCUUGGCCGGGCAAAUAAAGAUAUCCGUGGUCUCAUCACCAUAUUCGAGACUGAUCGGGGCAUCGAUCAGCUCGAGGAAGGAACUGCCCAUUUCCUCCAACGGCUUCAAGGCAAUGCUGCCCAAAGAAGGCGUCGGGGCAAGUAUGACUACCCAGGAAUAGCGGAAGACAAUCUAUUUGAGCCGACGCACCGACACAAGCAUCACAAAGCGCCGACCUGUAUUUGCCGCCAUUGUGUCGAGGACUCAGACUCCGUCUGCGAAAAGGCGCUUAGCUCACCAUGUAAGGACCUUGGAUGCGACGAUGAACAACAUAUUGCAAGGAGACGGCUUCACGACUCAAAUAGUGACACUCCACAGCCUACGGUGCAUGUGGGAGCUGUCGCAUCAGGAGACAAGGUGAUAAAGUCGGCAGCGGAAAGAGACAGACUUUCAAGAGAAGCAGGUGUCAUUGCGUUUGGGACGGAGGGCGCUGGGAUUUGGGAUGAGGUGCCCUGCAUUGUAGUCAAGGGAGUGCGCGACUAUGCGGACAGUCAUAAGCAUCCGGGAUGGCAGAAUUAUGCGGCGGCGGCAGCGGCAGCGGCAUCGAGGGCAAUUCUGGAACGCUAUAUACGCACUGACAAGUUCUGA